AUGUCUUAAGUCCAUUCUGAUCCUAUGCUAUCUUUCGUUUUCGUUGAGUGUACUGUAGACAUUUCGUUUUUGAUCUCAAUAGAUCUUGCUGUUGUGGUUUUGGUGUGAAAUAUUUAUUCAUUUAGUACUUUUUGAUACGGGUAAAUGAGAUUUCGAACCUAAAUUUUAUAUAAAUAAAACCGUAAAAAGUAACAGCCAUUGAACUUAUACUGUUGACUGUAAUUAAUUAUUAGAUACUAGGAUUUUAAAUUAAAUUACGAUGGAGGUUGAUAUUGCUGGAUCCAGAGAAGGAGAGUUUGUGUGUGAUAGUAAUGAAGUUCUGGAAUUUAAACUUGUUCGUUCUGUCAAGGACAUAGAAAAUGACUCUGUAUCCUUCAAGCCAGAAAUGUCCCAUCAAAUAUUUGGAGAUAAUGAGAGUAUAUUUGGUUACAAGGGUCUGCGGGUAAAACUGUACUACUCUGCAUGUCGUCUCACUAUGUAUCUUGGCCAGGAGUACCAAACUGUUGUCGACCCUGACACUUUCGAUGGUGUAGAGCCAGACAAUGUAUUGCAGUUGAUCCAGGAAAAGUUACAGAUACCUCAUGUAAUAAAGAAUAUUGAUGAAUUUGUUAACGCUUUAAAAGAUGAUGAAAGUUUUCAGCCAUUCGGUGAUAAGAUGACUUCCUUUACAGUUGAAGAAGAUUAUGGAAGUAAAACUUAUGAUAUAUAUCAUUGUGAUACAAGCAAUCAGAAAUUCCUGAAUUUCCAUGAACGCCUGCAAACUUUUAUCCUGUUCUACAUUGAUGCAGCCAGUUACAUAGAUGUUGAUGACUCAAAGUGGCAAUUUUUUGUUUUGUAUGAGAAGUACAAGAGCCCCACUGGUGUCGAGUGUCAUGCAGUUGCUGGCUACUGUACAGUGUACGAGUACUACGCCUAUCCCGACCGUACGAGACCACGUGUGUCGCAGAUGUUGGUACUGCCUCCCUUCCAGCGCCGUGGUCUUGGCGUACACCUCCUGUGUUCAGUCUAUCAACACUACAGAGGUGUCGAUGCCGUCACUGAUAUAACUGUGGAAGAUCCUAAUGAAGAGUUCCAACAUCUCCGAGACUAUGUGGAUGCAAGUCUGUGUUCCACGCUGGACAGUUUCUCUCCGGACAAACUCAGAAUGGGUUUCAACCCAGCAAUGGCAAAUGAAGCUUGCCUCAAGUUUAAAAUAAAUAAGAAACAAGCUCGUCGUGUGUAUGAGAUACUUCGGCUGAAGGAAACUAACAUCCACGAUGAAAGUGAUUACUCUUCAUAUCGUCUUGAUGUAAAAAGACGGCUCAACAUUCCAUUCCAGAAAGAGACAGCUCUGAUUAAAAAGCUGAAGUCUCAGUUGGAGCAAGAUCCCCAAUUAUCAACGGCUCUAGGGUUGAAGACUCCGGAGCAGCGUUUUGAUACUUUGGAUAAGAUGUUUACCGAGACUGAGAAAGAGUACAAAACAAUUCUCAGAAGGAUGGAAGAGCGUCCUCUGCCUACAAAUAUGUUUUGAUGUGAUCCACUUAAAAGAGUCAUGUAAAUUUUGUUGAAUACUUUUCAUUUUGAGCACUUACUGUGUAGCUAGUAAUUGUCUUGAGUAUUAAAUAAUUUUAAGUCCAACUUUUGUAUUGAUAUCAAACUGUUAAUAAACCAAAUUGUAUUUUU